UGUAGAUCUUAUUUACUGAAAUUCAAAGUUUGUUUCAGUAUUACGGUCUAUUGAUUCGAUGAUAAAAUGUUGUGGAAGAGUUAUAUCAACUGUUAAGUUUGAUGCAUUACUAGCUUUCGUGUUAUGCAUUGCAAAAAAAGCGAGCUUAGUAAUGAAUAUUUCACCAAAGUGUUACUAUAUAUAUAUAUAUAUUUCAUCAAAUGAAUAUUUAAUUUUGGAAGUAGUCAAAAUUGAGAUGUUGAGAAUUUGGAAAUUGAUUUGAUAGACAUUUAAAGCCUGUUGUGGAAUAAACUUCAGUUGUCCUUGAUGUUCACAGCUUUUAUGUUUACCCUCUAGGCCAUGGUCUGUUGAGGAAGAAAAGAAACAAGUUAGAAACGCCAUUUGCUAGAAAACUAACAGCCUUUAUCUCUAUGCGUGCUUGUCUUGGUGUACUUUAACCAGAAGCUUACUGAUGUAGGAAUAGCUAAUGUUCUUAUAGUACGUAAUUAAGUUUUCAUGGUCUAACCAAAUUUUCAUGUUUUUCUUGAAAUUAUUGGUUGUGCUGGUGAGAGCGAUAGAGGAAAGAGACCCAUGGUGACGAAGAUUGCAGCAGAUAAAAGUGAUGUGAGAAUCUUGACAUCUGACAAUCCGAUGAAUGAAGAUCCUUUGGACAUAUUGGAUGACAUGUUGGCUGGUGUAGGAUGGACUAUGCAGGCGUAUUUGAAACAUGGAGAGAAUGAUUACUAUCCACCUCUUCCUAAUGGGCACAAACUUUUCUUGCAUGAUAUAAGACGGGUAGCUGUACGUGCAGAUGUUACUAUGGGUGAGGAAGGCGAUAUGGUUUUGGUUACAGGAAAAGGCCAUGAAACAUACCAGAUAGAAGGUGAUAAAAAAGAGUUCUUUGAUGACCGUGAGGAGUGUAGAGAAGCGUUGUAGCAUGUUGAUGAGCUUCACCAAGCUGGAAUUGACACGAGUGAAUUCCCAUGGCAGUAAGUUUUCUCUCUCUUAUAUUGCUUGCCAAGAGAUUUUUGAGUCUCAAUUACUGGUAUACCGAAAAGAACCACUUGUUCUUGUACGGAACAACUCAGGAUUGAGGCAAAAGAGGCAAAGUUUCGAUCUUGAUGAGCUAUUAGGAAGCUCAACUUCCUGGCCUCCUGUCACUAGUCCUGGUCAGAAUUUUGGGGAGGACGAUAGAGAAACAGGCUUAGGUGAGUGGGUAGAUAAGGUCAUGGUGAACAAGCAAGAAGCUCAUGGAGUUCACAACCCUUUAGGACGUUGGGAUGCAGACGAUGGACACAUGUCUGAUGUAUUUUGGGGGUAAUGUUAAAACAUCAUUUGUGAAUAUGUUAUUUUGUGGAUAAUGAUGAUUGGAUAUUAAACUAAAUGGGAAAGUGAACUAAUGUUGCAUUUGCUAUUUGAA